AUGAUGAAGCCUUCGUUGCUCUUCGCGUUAUUAUGUUUGCUUCAAAUCAGCAAACUAGGGUUUUGCUUAAAAGAAGCUAAUAAGGAUAAAAACAGAGUUGUAAGCGUCACUGAUUUUGGGGCCAUAGGAGAUGGGAAGAACGAUGAUUCUCAGGCUUUUCUUAAAGCAUGGGAAUCUGUAUGCGAAAGAGGAAGUCGUAAUACAAAGUUUCUAGUCCCUCCAGGGAAAACCUUUAUGCUUAAACCUCUUGCAUUCGUCGGUCCAUGCAAGUCUUCCUCCAUCUCCUUUUCGAUAAGAGGUAAUCUUGUGGCACCGGGUUACACUUGGCCUGUGGGAAGAUACCCAACAUGGAUUAGUUUUGACAGUAUCAACGGUCUAGUUGUCUCCGGAGGCGGCACCAUCGACGGUCGUGGUUCUUUGUGGUGGGGCAAAGGUCAUACUCGCCCCUCCGCAAUGCAUUUCAACGGCUGUAAUGGACUUAGGAUGUACAAUCUCCGACACUUGAACAGCCCUCGGAACCACAUAAGUCUAAGCUGUUCAAAGAACAUGCAUCUCUGGGGUCUGAGAUUGAUUGCACCUGGGGACAGUCCCAACACGGACGGUAUUGACAUAUCGAAUGCUAUAGGAGUCGAUAUACGCGACUGUAUCAUCUCCACUGGAGAUGAUUGCAUCGCCAUCAAUGGGGGUUCCUCUUUUAUCAACAUGACCCGCAUCUUUUGUGGCCCCGGUCAUGGCAUCAGUGUAGGAAGUCUUGGAGAAAAUGGUGAAUUUGCAACCGUUGAAGAAGUGAGAGUGAAGAACUGCACUUUCACAAACACACAGAACGGUGUCCGGAUCAAGACAUUCCAGAACGGAUCAGGAUAUGCUCGGAAAAUCUCAUUCGAGGAUAUCAACAUGGUCGCUUCAGAGAACCCUGUUAUCAUCGACCAGAAAUACAACAAUCAUGGGAGCAAGAAUGGAAGAUUAAACAGCUACCAAAGCUGUCAUUUAACCAGCUCGUUAGGAGAAGCACGGAGUAAGUCAGUUAAUGGCAAAGGCGUGAAAGUGAGCGAUGUGCGUUACACCAGAAUCCACGGGUCAUCUGCGAGCGAUCAAGCCAUCACAUUGAACUGCGACGCGGAUUUGGGGUGUGCGAAUAUAGUGAUGGACCAUGUGAAUAUGGUUUCGGCAACAUCAGGACACAAAGUGUUUGCUUCCUGCAACAAUGCUCAUGGGAGCUAUGUUUCUUCACUAGCGAGUUGUCUCACAAAGGGAUGA